CGCGCGCCCAGUCGCUUCCGCCCAUUCAUCGCUGUCGAGGGCGGCAGCUUCCUGGCGCCAGCGGCGGCGCGGCCUACUCGGAGGAGGCCUCCGCACCGCCCGCGCCUCGGGGCCCGCCCGCCCGGCGGCUCUCCUCUCCCCGCGGGGUGGCCGCCACUCCCCGCCGCAGGCCACCCGGCCCCAGUGCCGUCCUCCCGCCGCCAUGAAGCUCGUCAGGUUUCUAAUGAAGCUGAGCCAUGAGACUGUGACCAUUGAACUGAAGAAUGGGACGCAGGUGCAUGGAACUAUCACAGGAGUGGAUGUCAGCAUGAAUACGCAUCUCAAAGCAGUGAAAAUGACACUGAAGAACAGAGAACCCGUACAGCUGGAGACACUGAGUAUUCGAGGGAAUAACAUCCGAUACUUCAUUCUGCCAGACAGCUUGCCACUGGAUACUUUGCUAGUGGAUGUUGAACCAAAAGUCAAAUCCAAGAAAAGAGAAGCAGUUGCUGGAAGAGGCCGUGGCAGAGGCCGUGGCAGAGGCCGAGGUCGUGGAAGAGGAAGAGGGGGCCCAAGACGAUAACUUCUCACCUUGCAACUGUUACCCAAAAUUGCCCAGAAUUUGGUAUUUUUUUUUUGUACAGGUCUUGUUUAUGGUAUCCAUUUUUAAUAAACUGAAAUGUGACAAA